GAGAGAAGGAAAGAAACACAUAGAGAGAUAGAGAAGCAAAAUCAGCAGAGAAAAAGGAAGGACGUUGACUCAGCAGAGGAACGCGAGAAAAGAGGAAGCUCUGACAGUGUACGAGUUUCUGCUGAGGUUCUCGUUUUGUUGUUUGUCUCUGAACGUGGUGAAAUGUUCUCCAUGGAAGACACACAGGUGGCCAGGACCAUAGAGCUGAAUGACGGCAGACAAAUGCCAGUUCUGGGUCUGGGGACAUGGAAGUGCUCCUCUCUGCCCCGCGCCAAAGUCCAAUGCGCAGUUGAGGCUGCCAUUGCUGCUGGCUACCGCCACAUAGACACCGCCUACAGCUACAACAACGAAGUGGAUAUUGGCAAGGCUCUGCACUCCAAGAUGCAGCAGGGCAUCAUCAGGCGCCAGGACAUGUUCAUUGUCAGUAAGCUGUGGGGUACCCACCAUGACUCAGAGGACAUCCCUGCAUGCCUGAACAAGUCCCUGAAUGAUCUCCAGUUGGACUACCUGGAUCUCUACCUUGUGCAUUUCCCUGUUGGCCUGAAGAAAAUGGGUGAUGAGCUUUUCCCGGAAAAGGACGGACAGACACUGACCUCUGACGUAGACUAUGUAGAUGUAUGGAGGGGGAUGGAAGCUCUACAAGUUUCAGGGAAGGUGAAGAGCAUUGGAGUAUCCAACUUUAACAUCCUGCAGCUGGAGAGGCUGCUUGCUCUGUGCAGGGUUCCCCCGGCUGUCAACCAGGUGGAGCUACAUCCAUACCUAGUCCAGACAGACAUGAUAGAGUUCUGCAGGUCCAAGAACAUCGCCCUGACUGCCUACAGCCCCUUUGGCUCACCUGAGCGACCCCCGCAGCUGUAA